AUGUUGAUUUUCAAUCUUCCUAAGGAGGUGCUGGCACAAAUUGUGCGGUACGCCAACUUCAAUGGAGACCUCCCUGGUCUCAGAUUGGUUCAUCCGAGGCUUCUCGGGGUACUUGGGUACCAAUAUCGGCUGUUGCUUGAAGAUACGUUGCUCAGAUAUGGUAUCAGUUCUCGGACGCUGAGCCUCUAUCGAUCACAGCACGUGGGAAGACCGUUCCCUCACAGCGAUCUCGAUCCCGUCAUGUUAGAUGUCCUGGCGUUGGAUCGAUUCCUGCGGGAGACGGGCAGUCUGGCAGUGGACGCUGAACAGGCUCUUCGCCCGCUGCACAAUGUGUUGGUUGAGCACCAGCCGAGCAGUCGAGAGCCCUUCAUGCUAUUCGCGGCCUUCACUCGAGUUCUGAACUCAUCAACAACGGUUUCCCACACGACAGCCUUCGACUUGCUUGCUCCAUCUCCCAAUGGGGCCCAGACUUACUCCAAGAGAUACUCGGACAGUUUUCUGCGUUUCCUGAAACAGGAGUUGACUUUAGUCGAGCUGGAAGCUAUCAUUGGUGCGAUUAGCGUCUGCGCGAUGAAACUCUGGAGCACCGUCUUCGUCUUCAGACCCAAAGAUUCCACAGUCACCGGUUUCGGCAGUCUCAGCGGGGCCUCCUUCAAUACAGAUCAGGCGAUCUUGACGGAGCAUAUAAUCUGGAAGGGGCCCCUUUGGGCAGCGCGAGUACUGGAACUAUACGGACCAGCAGAGACAGGGGCAACGUCAACUACUCAGGUGGACGCUGUCGUGGGCAACAAUCUCAUCAAGGACGCAGUCUGGAGAGGGACACGCGAGGAAGGAGCUCGACUGGCCGCCAAUGGACUUGCGCGGCUGCUGUGGAAAGAGAGACAGGAGAGGAUAGAGGCAAAGGCCAGUUCAACUGCAGAGAAGAUCAGCAUUACCGACAUGAGGGUGAAUCCAUCGGUGUGGCGAGGCUCUUCGGGCGACAUGUAG